GCCAAAUGUGCGUCUUUUUUUUUUAAAUCACGUUUAAUUUUUGACUGAAAUAAAUUUUCCAAGUUUUUCAAAUCAUUGUGAUAACCGACGCAUUACUCCAAAAUGCACCCGGAACGGCCCUCCUCGUCACCACCGCCCCAAAAACGCACCAAACACGAGGCCGCCGCGGAGGUCGAAGAGUACGAGAUGCUGAUCGAAGACGAUUGCCUGGAAGCGAAAGACUUCCCCCUGGACGUCGUUCUGAAGGUGGAACCACCCGACUCGGGCGUAACGGUGCGGCACACCAACGGCCAGGACGAGUUCGUUGCCGUGGAGGCGUUGGCCCCGCGGAAGGUCGGCCAGCUGGGCUGUUCGGCGCGGAUUUUCCACGCCGACAUGGAGAUCGUGGUGCACAAUCUGGGCUGCCUGCUGGCCAUCGACGACACCUUCGUGGCCAAGGUGGGGCUGGCGGAUUUGGCGGCGCUGGGCCGGGCCCGGAGCUUCCGGCAGGCGAAGAUGGCACUGCUGCGACAGCUCUGCAUCGUCCAAGUGCUGCUGGAUUACGUUACGGUGGUGCGGGAUCGCGCUCGGACCGAGCUGCUGCAGCAGAUUAGUUGUUUGCGGAAGCAACCGAUCGCGGUGGACGCGGGCGAGAUUUACGGAAUUGUUCGGAAAUCGUCGGAUUUGGAUUUUGUGGGACUUUGCCAGCAACUUGGCGGAAAUUUGAGUGUGUCGGAAGAGCUGCGAGGGCAAGCGAGGAAUCUGCUCCAGGUUGAGUUGGCCUGCGAGCGGCGUAACCGUUGGUUGAACAACUACCCGGUUGAGCUGGGUGAGGACGCGACGUGCAAGUUGAACUCCACGCUGCAACUGGUGUGCGCUAAGGUGUUGGAAACGCACGCGUCCGCCCUGCUGGACAGGGCUCCGGAGUUUCUGCGCCUCAGGCUGAAGGACGUCCCGCAGGGAACGCUGUUCCGAGUCGAUCCCGGUGCGGUGCAAAUGUUUCACGACCUGGACAAGGCGCUGAGCGGGCAGAUUUUCCGGCAGCCGCUGCAGGAUCUGGCCGAGCGGUGGACCAAUCGCUUGAAGUCGAUCGGGGACGACGCUGGGGUCGUCAUCUCGGUCAAUCCGAUCUUCUUCUCGCUGUGUCGUGGGUUGGAAGAGGUGAUGGUGGAACUCUUCGACGGCUGCAGCUUGCUGGAGAGUGAUUCCAAGGGAUGGCAUCCGGUUAUAAUCGCGGAAAUGUUGUUGAAAACGGAUCUUGCCAGGUGCCUUCACCGGGAGCAUCUCUUCAUCUUUCGGCUGCUGAAGCAUUUUGAUCCGGCGGCGAUCGGAAACGUAGAACCACUUGACUAUCAACCGCGGAGGUUGCUUAAAUUGCUGGGUGAAAAUCCUUCGGGAAUUGCCGACGAGUUUUACGCGUGGUUUUGUCUGCUGGACGACGCCCUGCCGGCCGACUGGGACCUGUCCCUGUACGCGCAAAUCGUGCGCAACUUUGUCCAGCUCCUGACCGGUGCGAGUCACGCCCAGCUGGAGACAAUUCGGGUCAUCACGCUCAACACGGCCCGCUUUAUCGUGCAGACGUUUCCGCUGGUGGCCUCGGCACGUUCCGGCGAAGACGCGCAAAUUCUGCAAGCUCAGCUCGAGUUCAUCAACAGGACGAUGCUCCGAUCGACGGAGUGCACCACCUUCUACCGCGAUCUGAUCGAUGUGUUCAGCGCCUAUUGGAAGAAUCGCAGCCAGAUCGUGGAGCAAAUUUCCCCCAAGAACGAAGGCAUGGAACGGAUAAAGAAAGACCUGCUGAAGAUCGUGAUCGUGGCUUUAAGCAAGAACGUCGGCGCCGACCUGCUAGUCUCGCUGUUUCGAUCGCUGAACGACUUCCUUCUCGAGUUAACCGACGUCCCGUUCGACUGGCUGAUCAAGUCCGUUCCGGGGCUGGCGAUGAGUGGCAUGAUCGAGUUCAAACUCGUCGAACCGAUCGCGAACAAGUGGAGCGGAACCGCGAACCAAACGUACCGGGUUACCAACCCGCAAAAAUUCCAACAAAUGCUGUUCCUCAUGGCGGAAGGAUCGACCUGUCCGCGGCACUACACGAUCGACGCGAUCACAACCCUUCUCAGCUACAUCCGCGCCCAGCUCGAGUGCGCCCGCUGGACCGACUCCGAUCAGCUCACAUCCACGACCACCCUCAUUGCUUCCAUGCGCAGUUCACUGAUUUACCUACGCGAACAGGCCGAGUACAUCCUGUUCCGCGACUGGACCGUGCAGUUCAAGCAGACCGAGCUGCCCCAGAUCCUCGCCCGAGUGGCGGCCGUUUGGUCGAUCGCGGUCUCCACCGACGUGUCCAGCACCGGCAAGUUCUUCAAGCCGCACUGCGUCCAGAUCCUGUGCGUGCUGAAGCUGCUCGGCGUGGACGCAUACGGGGGCGCGAAGGGAGUUCCGAAACACCUGGCGCAGGUUCUCACCGGCCAGGGAAAGUCGCUGAUUCUGGCGUUGAUCGCGGCGGUCCUUGCGCUGACUGGACAUUUUGUCCAGAUCGCUUGCUACAACGAAUAUUUGGUGAAGCGGGACGGGGGCGAGUUUGAGGAGUUUUACAAGCUGCUGGGUGUGAGCGAUGUUAUAAAGUACGGAACGUUCGAAGAUAUGGCCAACGCGGUCGUAGCGCCUGAGGUUGAUGGGAAGCGGAUGGAGCUUCGAACCUUCGUUCAAGAAAUGAUCCUGUCGUACGGCGGAGGUUCACGACCGAAGAAGCCCAAGCCACAGGUUCGCGCCAACUCGGUUCUGCUGAUGGACGAAGUGGACGUGUUCUUCACCAAAGAGUACUACGGUAACGUGUACUGCCCGGCCUCCUUUCUGUACGUGCCGGGUUUGGCCGAGAUCCAGGUGCGAAUUUGGAACGAAGUGCACGCCCGAGACUUGCGAGACACGCACAAAGUAACGGCCGCUAUUCAGAGGUUCAUUGGAACGCCCCUCUUCACGGAACGAGCCAAUUUCGCUGAAUUCCGUAACAAAGCUACGCCCUUUGACCUGCUAAUCUACGACGGUACGAAACACGUACGACGCUCGUACACCUGCAAAGAACUGUUCGACGAGCAUCUGCAAACGAUGGCGUCCAAUGCCAUCGAGGUCGAAACCAACACGGCCAACCACCGCGACUACAAGCUUAGCCCGGAAGGCGUCAUCACGCACAGAGUUAAGGAAAAGUACGAGAACCGUACGUUCAUACAGUACUACUGCAUCUUCCACUAUUUCCGCCUCAAGCAAGGAAGCUACACCACGUUCGUAAGUCCGAGCGGAUUCAACUACGGCUACCUGAACGUCGCCUGCGGUUCGCUCUCGUACGCGAUGCUGCCCAAAGCCUACCCGCUCAUCCUGGGCGUCACCGGAACCCUGACCGCGUUACAUCCCCACGAAAAAGCCGCCAUCUCCCAACUCUACGACAUCAACCGCACCUCGCUCAUGCCGUCCUUCUUCGGCUGUUCCCGCCUCGUCUACGACCCAUCAACCAACUUCACCAAACUGUCCACCAAGUCCCACUGGCUGGCCAAGAUCUUCACGCACGUCCUUGUUGCCCUCGGCGAGUCAACGUCCCGAGCCGUCCUCGUCUUCUUCCGCGACGAGGCCACGCUCGAGGAGUUCCGCGCCCAGUUCAGCGGCCAGCUGGCCCGUCUCCAAGUGCUCACGGAAAACAGCGCCCAGCAGGCGCAAAUAACCGGUCAAGCGGGCGUCCCCGGCACGGUCACGUUGGCCACGCGAGCCAUGGGACGGGGCGUCGACUUCCGGUCCAGUGUGGCGGUGGAAAAGGCCGGUGGCGUACACGUCAUCCAGACGUUCUUCUCGCUGGACGUGAAGGAGGAGCGGCAGAUCCGGGGGAGAACCGCCCGGAAGGAUAACCGCGGCAGUUACGAGCUGGUGCUUUGGGAGGAGGAUUUGAGGGCGAACGGGCUGGAUGGGGAAACGUACGCGGAGUUGGAGGUGGCUAGGGCGCAGCAGGUGGCGAGGGAAGGUGGGAGCAUUGCGAAGGGGAUCGAGCAGCGUGGACAGGACCAUCGGACCACGAUGCAGUAUCUGCAGGGGUUCUUUGAGUGA